AUGGCGGAAGAAGAAGAUCAGAAGUAUGAGGUACUUCAGAAGAUAGGCCAAGGCUCCUUCGGCAUAAUUCGCAAAGUCCGCCACAAGUCCACAGGAACUAUCCUCUGCCGCAAAGAAAUAUCCUACAGCCGCAUGUCCGACAAAGAAAAGCAACAACUAGGCGCCGAACUCGACAUCCUCAAGACCCUUCGCCAUCCCAAUGUAGUGCAGUAUUACCACCGCUCGCAUCUGAAAAGCUCGUCUGAUAUCCACUUGUACAUGGAGUACUGCGGCAAUGGAGAUCUGGGAGGCUACAUCAAGAAGAUGAAGAAGGAGAAUGUGUUGGCUGAAGAGGAAUUUGUGUGGCAGAUCUUUGCGCAGUUGGUUAGUGCUUUGUAUCGGUGUCAUGAAGGUGAGGAUGCGCCAGUUGCUGGGCAGUCGGUGCCGAUAAGGCAGACGAAGGGCUUUCAGACGAAGCAGGGUAUGCGGCAGGUGAUAUUGCAUCGGGAUCUGAAGCCGGAGAAUGUCUUUCUUGGCGAGAACAACGCAGUCAAACUGGGCGACUUUGGCCUCAGCAAGAUCAUCGCCUCCCACGACUUCGCCAGUACUUACGUUGGCACACCCUUCUACAUGUCUCCUGAGAUAUGCGCAGCUGAACGAUACUCCCAUCACAGUGACGUCUGGUCACUAGGCUGCAUCCUUUACGAACUCGCGACCCGCAAUGUGCCAUUUGACGCUCGAACACAUAUCGAACUCGUUAUGAAGAUCAAGGCGGGCCGCAUAAAACCUCUACCGGACGUUUACAGUCGUGAGCUCUGGGAAGUCAUCAGCUCGUGCCUCAAAGUCGACCCAAGACAACGACCCGAUACCGCGCAACUCCUCAACGUCCCUCAGAUCAAAGCCGCAAGUCUAAAGCUCGAACAAGUUCAAGCGCUGGAGACAGCCAACACCGAGAGGAUGCGUCUUACACAAGAACGCGACAGCGCACUCACCAAGGUCAACGCCGCGCUAAAGCAGAUCCAAGAACUCCAAGCCGAAAUCACAAUCCUCCGCGAAGCAGGCAAGAAAGCCGAAAUGGCCUGGGAAGCCCGAGCACGCCUAGCCAUCGACCAACACGCCGCCGACGCCGACCAAAAACACCACAACGAGCUCGAACGCCAAAAAGCGCAUCUCCUCCAACAAUUCGAAGCAGCAGUAGAAAAACAAGUCGACGAGAAACUCAAGCUCCACUUAGCCAGUCUCCCCCAAAGCCACGGCCUAGCCGGCGAAGACGGUGCAGGCGUAGCGAGCCACGUGAGGUCCAGUACACCGCCGCCUGGGAAAUCGCAGAGUACUAGUUUUGCCUACACGACCACAACGGCUGGAUCGGACGGGUCUUCCAAUGCCGCGCAGCAGGACAACGUGGAUACGACGCUGGAUACGGAUCUCUCAAGCCUGUCUAUCAUGGAGGAUGCCCUAGGCGAAGACGUCUCACCGCUCGCUCAACGCACCAAGCCGCCACCGAAGAGGACAAGACAGGGCUUUAUGAAGGCCAAGACUUUUGCUAAUGGGGGCGUGUUUGGAUUGGAGGGGUAUGGUGCGACGGCUUCGCCGAUGGAUGUCCAGAUGGCGGAUCCGUCGCCUAUGCCGCGUCAGCAUGCGGCGCCUAUGAGCAUUAAGGGUUUGAGUCUGUCGCCCCGCCGACAUGGUGGGCUUGGGCAGGAUCGGUUGUCCAGUGCGGUUGGAGGGCUGAGAAAAAACAUCUUCGCUGAUGCUAACCUGAGGCCAUCGUACGCGGACGAUCUCGACUCCAGUUUCGCGGACGAGGAUCUUAUGGGUGAGGAGCCGGAGUCGCCUUCUCGUCCGACGAGUGGGAUGUCGAAUGCUAGUGGGGAUCCGUUCAAAGCGAUUGCAGCACAGCAGGGUCAGCAACAGCAGGCACCACCGAAACGCAUGUCGAGACCCAGUCUCCAGCGCCAGCAGACAAUGCCUGUUAGUAUGCAACCGGCCAUCGCCUCCCGCCAACGCAGUAAUCCAUUCGGCGGCCUCAUCAGCAGGAAACCUACUACGUCACCAGACAAGAACCAAUCGCAAGAAAAGGAGAAUCGACCGCCUUCGCGCUCAAACGUCCCCAUCCCCUCCUUCGCCCACGCCACUUCGCCGAAACGCUCGAACACAACCCGUGACGGCAAAGUCCUCACGCCCUCCCGCAAAGCACCACCCCCACCUCCCACGGCAGCAACUACAACCUCCGGCCUCCCACCCCGCGCAGCAACCUCAUCCAACCUCGCCCGCCUCGCCCUCCUCUCCCCAGGCAAGUCCGGAUCCCGGGGCAAAACCCUGGUAGAAUUGUCCCAAGCUCGAGCAGCAUUCACAUCGCAACCUGAUCUCGGUCUGGGCUUGGAUCAAGAUGCCCUGAUGGCGGAGGGGAGGAGAUUGUUGCCUAGUCCGGCGAAGUGGGAUGUAGGGUUGGGCGAGGAGAUGCCGAGUCCGUUCUUGGCUAAGAAGGGGAGGUUGUUGAGAUGA